GUUGGGUACACGGAGCAGUCAGAGCACUGACCUAGAAUGGCUCAGAACGGAAUAACAGAGAACGGAGUGAGUGAAGGAAUCCCAGCUCUGCCUCAGCCCGCCAAGGUCCAGGAGAUCAGACACACCAAGAUUUUCAUCGACAAUGAGUGGCACACAUCCCGCACAGGGAGGACGUUCCCCACCUUCAACCCAGCGACAGGUGUCAAGAUCUGUGAUGUGGAGGAAGCAGACAAAGAAGACGUGGAUAAGGCGGUGGAGGCAGCCAAGGCGGCCGUGCAGAGGGGCUCUGUGUGGCGGAAAAUGGACGCGUCCAGCCGGGGGAUGCUGCUGCACAAACUGGCCGACCUGAUGGAGAGGGACCGGCUCCUGCUGGCGACCCUGGAGACUCUGGACACAGGGAAGCCCUUCCUCCAGUCCUUCUUCAUCGACCUGGACGGCAGCAUCAAAACCCUCCGUUACUACGCAGGCUGGGCCGACAAGAUCCACGGCAAGAGUCUGCCUGUAGAUGAAAGCUUCAUGUGUUUAACUAAACAUGAGCCUGUUGGUGUAUGUGGAGCCAUCAUCCCUUGGAAUUUUCCUCUGCUGAUGUUCACAUGGAAGAUAGCUCCGGCCCUGAGCUGUGGAAACACAGUGGUCAUCAAGCCAGCAGAGCAGACCCCCCUCACAGCCCUCCAUGUUGGAUCCCUCAUCAAAGAGGCGGGUUUCCCUCCUGGAGUUGUGAACAUCGUUCCAGGGUUUGGUCCCACAGCAGGAGCAGCCAUCGCCAGCCACAUGGACGUUGACAAAGUGGCGUUCACCGGCUCUACAGAGGUAGGCCAGCUGAUCAAAGAAGCGGCAGCCAAGAGUAAUCUGAAGAGAGUGACUCUGGAGCUGGGAGGGAAGAACCCCUGCAUUGUGUUUGCUGACUGUGACUUGCAGCUGGCUGUGGAGGAAACCCAGAAAGGAUCUUUUUAUAACCAGGGUCAGUGCUGCACGGCUGCAUCACGUGUCUUUGUGGAGGAAAGUAUUCAUGACGAGUUUGUGCGCUGCAGCAUCGAAAAGGCAAAGAAGAUUGUCAUAGGAGACCCGCUGGACCCCCAGACAUCACACGGGCCACAGAUCGACCGACAGCAGUUUGACAAGAUCAUGGAUCUGAUUGAGAGUGGGAAGAAGGAGGGAGCCAAGCUGGAGUGUGGAGGAGCAGCUGUGGGCGAGAAGAGCCUCUUCGUUCAACCCACCAUCUUCUCCGGGGUCAAAGACCAUAUGCGCAUCGCCAAAGAAGAGAUCUUUGGUCCAGUGCAGUGUAUAUUCAGCUUUAAGAGCCAACAGGAGGCCAUAGAGAGAGCAAACAGCUCACAGUAUGGCCUGGUGUCAGCAGUCUUCACAACAAGUAUGGACAGAGCUCUGUCUGUGUCUGCAGCCCUGGAGACUGGCACUGUCUGGAUAAACUGCUAUAACGCCCUUCAUGCCCAGAUGCCCUUUGGAGGUUAUAAGAUGUCAGGAAAUGGACGAGAGCUUGGAGAGUACGCCCUGGCUGAGUACUCAGAGGUGAAAGCAGUGACCAUCAAGCUGACUGAAACCAUGUGAGAAGAACCAGGGAAAAUCCAGUGCUCUUCACUUCCCCUCCCAUCAGGCCACAGCACAGUUCUCUACAACACCCACACUCCCGUCUUUGUCUCAGUCAUGCUCAUGGUAUUGACAUUAGUUAUUUCAGUUUAUCACUUGGUCGAUACAUUAAAUCAGAGCCCUGAAAGAGUUAUUGUUUUUUCACCAGAUACUGUAGGUGAGGAUAAGGUUUUACUGACUGCUUCAGUAAUGUCAGUAAAUUAAACAGUUUCCCAGAAAUAAGUAGUGGUGGACAAAGUACACAACUUCAUUACUUAAGUCAAAGUGUAUAUACUCCUGCACAAAUAUGACUCCAAUACAAGUGAAAGUUGUUCAGUCAAAUUUUUACUUGAAUUAAAGUACUGGAGUACUUGAUUUUUAAAAAUUCUGAAGUAUUCAAAAGUAAUUUUUUUAGGUCAACAUGUUUGUAUUGUUCCACAUUUACAGAACCUAACCUCCGAAACACCCGAGUGAUUGACUGACUGUAGAACCUGUAGAAUAAAAAGACUGUUGGAUAUGAUACAAAGGCCAUGAAAAUGAAUCAACAAAAGGAGCCAUUGUUGCUUUUGUAUUACUAGCAGUGUUUUUGCACAUGUCCAUCAAACUACACUGUGGAAUCAACGGUGGCCCUGAGAGCUCAAUGCACUGCAGCUCAAGAAAACACGUGCAGAUAGACACAACACAAACAGAUUCCGAAAACAUCUUUUCAUCAACUUGUCAACACAUGAGCUGCAAGUACUCACAACACAAUCAGCCUGCUUGUAAAUUUGUUUGUGUUUUGAGCAUUUGCAGCACAUGUGUUGUCAAGUUGAUAAGGAUGUUUUCGGAAUCUGUUUGUGUUGUGUCUAUUUGCAUGUGUUUUCUUGAGCUGCAGCGCAUUGAGCUCUCAGGGCCACCGUAUGAAUCACUGGAGUCACUGUGUGUUGAACACAGUAUUUUUCAAAAUAAAAUAAAAUUUAUUCACUGACUAAAAGCUCUGCUUCUGCUUUAAUUUAGUUAGAGUCAAAAGUACAACAUUUGUAUUAUAAGUGUAGUGGAAUAAAAGUCAAAAAUUUCC